CAAAGUUAUAAAGCGGACCGGCGAAGAGGCUACGAGACGCUGCCACUUUGCCGAUCGAACUCGUCGUAUGACGAUCCUUUUCUCGUAAAAAGAAUCGAAAUAUUGAUCAUUCGGCGACACCUCCCGGUCGGUGUCAUCCCUGCUUCCAUAAGGGAAAUUAUCGAUACUCGUGUCAUGUUACUUUGACAACGCCGCGAUCGCGUUGUGCAGGAGAGGAAGAAUCAAAGGGGAAUCGUAUAGGCCGUUUGUGACAAUUUCUUUUUCAUAUUCGACGAUAGACAUUUUUGAUUAAUAUUUAAUCGUAAUUGAGAUUCGUCGUAAUUGGUGUGUGCCGAAGAAGACGAGAAGGAGACACAAGAAUACCGUCAUUAGCUUCUUAACUCUGAUCAGUGUUAUACGAGGCAAUGGCAAGCUUAAUUAAUUCUACAGCAACUUUAAUAAACGAUGCCUACAAUUAUUAUCUUUGGACAUUAUCCCUCGCUGAUGAACGAACGAGAGGAUGGCUUUUGGUUGAUUCCCCGAAACCUACUUUGAUAUAUACAAUGUUGUAUUUACUCAUUGUAUGGGCUGGGCCAAAAAUCAUGAGAAAUCGAAAAGCCUUCAAGCUAACAUGGGCUCUUGUUCCGUAUAAUCUUGCAAUGGCCUGUCUUAAUGCGUACAUCGCGAUACAAUUAUUCGUAGCAUCUACUAGACUACGUUAUAGUUAUGUGUGUCAACCAAUUAGACAUGUAACUCGUCCAGAUGAAUUGCAGAUUGCUCAUGCUGUCUGGUGGUACUACUUUAGCAAACUUUUGGAGUUCUGUGAUACAUUUUUCUUUAUUUUACGGAAAAAAGAUAAUCAAUUAAGCUUCCUUCAUGUUUACCAUCAUUCUACCAUGUUUUCGUUAUGGUGGAUUGGUAUUAAGUGGGUACCAAGCGGAUCUACUUUUCUUCCAGCAAUGGUAAACAGUUUUAUACAUGUCCUUAUGUAUUCAUAUUACGGUUUGGCCGCAUUGGGACCCUCCGUAGCUAAAUAUCUCUGGUGGAAAAAAUAUUUGACGAUUCUUCAAUUGAUCCAGUUUACCACUGCCUUGAUUCUUGGCAUCAAUGGUAUUCGAUCAGGAUGUGAUUUUCCACUUUGGAUGCAAUAUGCUCUUGUCAUUUACAUGAUCUCCUUUAUCGUUCUAUUUGGAAACUUUUAUGCCAAAGCUUACAUUGCUAAGGGCAAACAAGCAUAUGCGGAGAGACAAUUAGAAAAAAUGAAAGUAGAUACUCAAUCGAAGAAAGAAAUUACUGAUGGAACUGUGUGUAAUGGAAAUAUUUCAAAUGGACAUGCUAACGGAUAUGCAAAUGGUGUAUGUAAAAAAAUUCAGUGAAAAAUGCAAUCCAAAGUUCUUUAAAAUAUUAAAGAUCGAAUUAUGAUAUACAUACUUAGUUAUAAAAUCAAAGUAAAUAGAAAUUGGAAAAUCGAUAACGAUAAACCAAAUCUAUUUGAUCAGAAUUUUUAGUUCUUACAACUGCCGUUUUGUUCGCGGUGCUUAAUACAUUAUACCGUUACAGAAAAAUUGGGUUUAAUAUAAAAACCCGAUAUUUCUCUGACGAAUUAAAUGCGAUUAUAUAUCGGCCUGGAAUUUUUUUAUUUUUGGAUCAGCAACAUAAACUUUGAUAAAUUGCUGAUCUAAGAUAUUGUAAAUAUAAAUUAGUCAACUUCAUUAGCAGUUUAGUUGUCAGUAGGUGAAUAUAAGAUCCAAUGUGAUCGUUUACGAUAAUGUUAUAUAAGUUUAAACUAAGCGAUCUUUUUGUGACCAAUAAUUAAAAUUUGCAUUGUAAAAAAAAAAAAAAAAUGAAAUGAAUCGUCACGUCGAAAACUGCCUUGGUUUUUUCUCGCAAUAGAUCUAAGGUUAGGAUUCAAAUAUGGCGAUCACGAAAAGGUUGUACUAACAUUUGCACAUUUGACGUCUAGUUGAUACUUUAUCGUGAUAUUUGAGUAUGUUAUACGAACUACAACAGCCUCUUUAAAUAAAUGGAAAAUAACAUUUUAACAUAUAAAUUACUAUUAAAAAUUGUAAAAAAUUUUGUUAGAAUUUUAUAGUUAUAUAUCUAACGUUGUCCCUCUUUAUACAUG